CAUACCCAAUGAGAUUAUAAACUAGCCAAUUACAUUCAUAUGUAAUUUAAAAAGAUAUAGAUAUCUUUCUACUCGUUGCCUGUCACUAAUAGGCUAGCAAUAAAGAUAUGUUGAUUAAGACUUAAGAGAUUUCUGCCCCUAAUGACUUAGAUUCAUCUCCAGUUAUUACAAUUUUGACCAGACGAAAAGUGAGAAGGGUGGGGGUUGAUCUCUUGAUCAAGCAGCCGGUUGUUUAUUUCAUUAUACAAAUCCAGAAGCCCGACAGUUGUCGAUUAGUGUCCUUGAAACCCUAGGUCAAGCGAUUUGGCUUGUGUGGGUCGGGAAAUGAGUCACGGAGAGAGCAAUUAAAGGACGUUUGCCUGAAGUUCGUAUUCCCCAGAAGCCACAAAAAACAGAUGGAGUCAUGUUGCUGCCAGAAGGGCAAGAAAGGUGGAAGAGAAGCGUUAGCUCUCCUGGUAAGAGCGUCUGCAGAGUAAGGCGGAGGCGGAGCCCCCAUUCCACUGCUCCGAGCCCCACAGAACUGCAAACCAUCCCCUAAAACUCCAAUACUGUUGGGUGUAGGAAAGCGGCAAGGCAGAUAGGAAGGACCUGACUAAAAAAGACGGGGAGCAGAAACUAAUCCAAGAAAAGACUACAAAGAACGAAGGCUAAACUCUGGGGGAGAUACAAAGCGCUACAGCCGAGACCACGUGCUGACAUUUCAACAACCUGGGAAUCAAAACAAACCUGCGUGGCCCCGCCCAGCGCCCGUCACGUGACUGCCGCGUGAGCGGUGCUUCCGGGGGAGCCUUGGAGUUGCUAGCGCGGCUCCUUCCUGUCCUGCGACUCCAGAGCCCGGUUUUUGGCGGUCCUCUGAACCCACUCCCACUCCACUCCACUUUUGGGUUGGGGCGGAGCUAGCCAUGGCAGCAACCCCGGGGACGACCCCUGAAACGGCCCCCGAAGCUGGAGCUGGACAGGUGGAAGGUAGGCGCCAGGCUGAAGUCAGAUCAUGAGUACAACCCUGUGCCAGCUCAUUCUUGGCACUUCUCCUGUGGCCUGUUGGUCUAGCUCUUAUUUCACGUCUCUCCGGCACUGCAUUAAACUGUGAAGAAAUUAUUAUUUUUUAGUGAACGUGGCUUUUCUCAAAUUGAGGCAUCCAGAUUUCCAGUCAUCGUGCAGGCCCUGUAUCCCCACAUCCUGCCAGGGCUGAUUCACGCAUGAGGGUGGUUUGAAUGGAUUAAAAUUAAAUCUGUGAAAGUGGAGCCCACUCUUGAGGUGAACACGUCAAACCUUUUACACCAGAGAAAGCAAAAGAAAUUAUAAUGUCUUUACAACAACCUGCAAUCUUCUGUAACAUGGCUUUUGAUUGGCCAGCACAACACUGGACUGUUAAACACCUUUCUGAGGUCCUUCAUGGCAAGCAGAUACGAUUCAGGAUGGGAAUGAAAAGAACAGAUACAGUUCCUCAGUUUGAAACGACAUGUGGUUAUGUAGAAGCUACACUUGAAGAGUUCCUGAGCUGGAACUGUGACCAGCCUACUAUAUAUGGACCAUUUAGAGAUUAUGAUCAUUCCAAAUUCUGGGCUUAUGCUGACUAUAAAUAUUUUGUCAGCCUAUUUGACGACAAGGCAGAUAUUUUCCAGGAUGUGAUAUGGUCUGACUUCGGGUUUCCUGGAAGAAAUGGACAGGAAAGUACAUUGUGGAUCGGCUCCAUGGGGGCCCAUACGCCCUGUCAUCUGGACUCCUAUGGUUGCAACUUAGUAUUCCAGGUACAAGGAAGGAAAAGAUGGCAUCUCUUUCCUCCCGAAGACACUCCUUUCCUUUAUCCAACAAGAAUCCCUUAUGAAGAAUCUAGUGUGUUCAGUAAAAUCAAUGUUGUCAAUCCUGAUUUAAAACGUUUUCCUCAGUUCUGCAAAGCUCGAAGACAUAUGGUUACACUAAACCCAGGACAGGUUCUUUUUGUUCCCAGACACUGGUGGCAUUACGUAGAAUCCAUUGAUCCUGUCACUGUCAGUAUAAACUCAUGGAUUGAGCUGGAAGAGGACCACCAAGCCCGGGUAGAAGAGGCAAUCACACGCAUGCUUGUGUGUGCCCUGAAGACUGCAGAGGAUCCACACAAUACCAGAGCUUGGUUAAACCCAACCGAGGUUGAGGAAACAUCCCAUGAAGUCAAUUGUCGCUACUUAAAUAGAGCCGUUUCUGCCCUUUUUGAUCAUUACAGAACAUCUAAGGUAGUAGAAAUCCAAGCACUGAGAACAAAUAGAGAGGACAUGAAAAAGGAGGGAUCAGAUGUGCACAAUCACAUGGAGGUGGGACAAACAGGUGGCCAGGACUUACUCUUGGGAACGGGAAAACAGGAGGCAGCAAGUCCCUUUGGCCCUGAUCUGAUUCCUGUAAUACUGGGUUCUGAAGAACUACCCUCAGAGAGAGGAGGCAUAUUUGAAGGUGAUGGUAAAGACUUUGUUGGCGAAGGUGGAGAACACUCUGGAAAAUUGCAUUGUACCAAGAGGCAACGAAUGAUGAGUAAAAGUGAGGAUGCAGUUGUGGAACAAAUCUCUUCAAAUAGUAGUAUGGCUCCUUCUCAAACAUUCAUUUCUACAGAUGACUUGCUAGACUGCUUGGUGAAUCCACAAGUAACUAGGAUAGUGGCACAACUUCUGAUACAAGGAAGAAGUUUGUGGUUCUAAGGAAAUUACUUUUAAAAUAAUACUUUAAAAAUAUUUUUUGAGUAGUAUGAUUGUUAAAUAAAAGAUGACAGAGCAAAAAGUUAAUUUGCACAUGCUUGUAAAUGCACUUGUUCUUACCUAAAUGUGUUUCAGUUUCUUGCUACCUUCAUUCAUGAACAUUACUCUUUGGCCAAACUGGCUCUUUCUUAGUUGUUAGGCCUUCUUUCUUCAGUGACUUUGCCUUUCCUCUCCCAUCUGAUCCUUUCAGCCUAUCUCAAAUGUAAGCCCCAGGUGUUCUCAACAGAAAGUAAUCUCUUCAGCAGUCUCAGGCAGAGGUCGGCCUGACAGUGUGGCCUGCAAAGCUGGAAAUACUAUCUAUCCCCUUAUAGAGAAAGUUUGCCAACCCUUGGCCUAAUGCAUCCAUUGGGUGGAUUCUAGCCUUGAGCUGAAGUGACUGAUUACAUUUGUGACACCUGCAGAAUUCUCUGUCAUCCAGAGCGGGAUACCAAUCAGGAAAAAAGUAGGUGGGGGUCCAAUAUAAGGUCUCCUUAUGGAAGGAACUGGGACAUCUAGGAACACUAGUCCUGGGAAGAAAAAGCACCGGAUGUUACAGGCUCUUGCAACGGACUAAAGGUUUGGUCUAGUGAAAUUGAGCCUACUCUCAUUACAUUUGCAAGAAGAUCUGGGGAUAAUUAUUACCAUUACUGUCUAAGUAAGAAUUUAGAAAUUAGAAAAGCAUAUGGAUCUCUGAGUAACCAUUUGUGAAACAAAUACAUAACAAAAGGUAAGAAAAGUAAUCUUUUAAGAUGAAUUGACUACUGACUCAAUCCUUGUCAGUCUUCAGACUCAGGGUAUCAGUACAUCCAAAGAAAAUAUAUGCCUUCUAGCAGCGAGAGAGAUGUUAUAUGAACAUGCUCAGGAAAAGAAGGGUCUGGAAGAAAUCUGUCUGUAGCACUUACUGCCAGUUGACCACAGUAUACCUAUUUAUUUGAUUAUUGUUUGUCUACCCCAACCAGAAUGUCACUCCAUGGGGGUGUGGACUUUGCUUUGAUCUUUAUUGUGUUCGCAGAGCCUUGAUCAGAGUUCCAGCAUAUGGUAGGGGCUUGUUAAAUAUUUGGUUGAGUGGAUUAUAAAAGGAAGAACUUGUUCACAAUACUCCAUCAAAUAGAUUGGGGUAGAGGAUGUUGUGGCCAAGGGUAAGGUGCCUGGUCCCCUUAGUAGGUAGGUCUUUAUUGCAGAAAUAGACAUAUCUUUUUCUUCAGAUAUUUUUUACAUAUGCUACUCCUUUGACUAAUGUUUUUCAAAUUGUAGGUUGUGACCCGUUAGUAAGUCAUAAAAUCAAUAUAGUGGGUAAGACCAGCAUUUUUAAAAACUGAAAUAGAAUAGGUGAUUUCAGUGAAUUUAUUAGUAAGUGUAAGUAUUAUUUCAUGAAAUUUUCCAGGAAAAGUAUUUUUUUUAGCGUAAGUAUAUUUCAUAGAACUUUUCAGUUAUAUUUGUGUGUGUACUGGGCCUGAUAUAAAAUGUAUUUCAUGUCCUCAUGUAGGUUGGGGUGACAAAAGUUUGAAGGACAUUCUGAAACAAAGAAUUUAAUUCAGUUGGAGGCAACGGUCUUUGACAUGCAGAGACCUGGGAAGAGAGUUCAGACAUUGGUAUGAAGGGAUUUCUAAGUGUAAAUGGGUGAUGGGAGAUAAUUUCCUGAUUUUAUCAAGAGGGAGACCUUGGCUAUCUGUGAAGGGGAUUAUGGCAGUGAGGAAAGAUAGUAAAAGGGGGAGACCAUCAGGCACUCAGGGAGCUGGGUCCCAUUUCAUUAUGCAUUUCUCAGAUAAGCGUGCCUGUGUGAGUGAAAUUAUUAGAUAAAUACACUGACCCUGCAGAAGCCAGAGGCAUUAAAGAAUACAGGCUCAUUCUCCCCCGCUUCCAGGACUGGGCCACUUCUGGGUGGGGCAAUGGGUUCCAGCUCAGCUCACACUGAGAAUGUAAGAACUACAAACAAAAUUUCUAUUAAGAAUAUGGCUCAGCAUUGCACCUAACAUAUCCAGGUAUCAGCAAGGCUGACCUAUCCAGUUGGCACAGUGGCUGGGGCCCAUGAGCUUUUUGGGGGCCCCAAAAUGUUUUAGUUUCUUUUGAAAUAAUAAUAAAAAGAAACAUAUAAUCCAGCUUUGAUUGCAUUCAUGUUUGUAUCAAUGCAGUUGCAAAAUGUAAUUGUUAAUACUUUUUUACUUUUUAUGGAGUAAGGGACCCGUGAAGGCAAAAGUCUCUGGAGCCAUGAAAGUCCUACGCGGUUCUGAGUAUCAAGAUAUCAGAAUCAUUUGAGGUGCUUGCUGAAAAUGCACAUUUCUAGGCACCCCUCUAGAGCUACAGAACCUGACUCCUUUAGGAUGGGCCAGAACUUGCUAGCUCAGCAAACACCUAAAGUGAUUCAAAUAACAAAAAUGUUUAAGAAUCUCUGACCCUAGAGGAAACCCCCAAGACCCAUCACAGUCUUGAAGUGGGCUUGGUUUAGCAGGGGCUUCCUGUUGGAGUCAAUUUGCCCUUCAAAUUUACUAAACUAAACCUGUACUGUGCCCUUACUGUAAUUUUCAGCUGAAUACUAUUAACACUCUGGGGACCCCUGAUGCUCUCAUGUUUAGUGGUAGUCUUAUCAGCAGUGGCCUGUUUUUAUCAUCAAGCUCUCCUGUAUGUAGAUGCCCUUAAGGAUAAAGAGGUUUACCACCAAAUGUAUUUUCCAAGUGUUUUAUUCAGAAAGGAGGUAAAUGACAUCUAUUUCUUUAGACUGAGGAUAACUAUAACAUUUACUGACUGGAUCAUUACACUUUGGUGCAAUAUACCCUGAUAUUCAGCUUUGCCCUGAGUUAACCAAACCACUGGAGAACAAGAGCAAAUCAGAGAGCAGGUCUCUCCCUUUUAUUUCUUACAUUCAUUGUCAAGUCUGAGGCCAGUGGCUGGGAAGCCACUCCUAAGCAAUAAGGAGUCUUUGCCAAUCCAUUUAAAAAACAAACAGUGGGAGGGUGCCUGGGUGGCUCAGAGGGUUAAGCGUCUGCCUUCGGCUCAGGUCAGGAUCCCAGGGUCCUGGGAUCGAGUCCCACAUCGGGCUUCCUGUUCAGCGGAGAGCCUGUUUCUCCCUCUCCCUCUGUACCUCCCCCUGCUCAUGCUCUCUCUAUAUAUAUAUCUCUCUGUCUCAAAUGAAUAAAUAAAUAAAUAAAAUAAAAACAAACAGCGGGAAAUCGGAGGGGGAGACGAACCAUGAGACGAUGGACUCUGAAAAACAAACUGAGGGUUCUA